GGCUAUAAGAGAGUCUACAAAUAAUAUUCUAACAUCGAUAGAUCGUAUUAUUUGCUACUGGUAAAAUAGGGCCUUGAAGUAGCCUAGCCAAUUCAUUAUCCACGAGGUAAAUAGCAAAGCGGUAAAUAGGCCUAACUGAUCAACAAUGUAACCAGUAGCCUGCAGCAAAAUGGGUUAUGGUAAUAUUUGCUCAAGAUGCAAAAUAUUUAUUAUAUUCCAUGAGAAGAGGUGGAUUCCUGACAUGGGGCACCUUGUCCAACUUUCAUUUCUCAGUGUGUGAUUCCGCUUUUAGUCACUAGGGAGAGACUUUUCAACACGGAAAACAGCUGGUUGACUCCGGGUCCAACAGCAGUCAAACAGGCAGGGGCAGACAGCGGCAGUCAUCCUCACCAACCGCACGCCGGUCUGCGGAUCACAUCGUCCACGGGAUGGAUAACGACAUCGCCGAACCUGACCCAUCCCAGCAGCGCAAUGGUGUCGUGGAAGGGCUUUAUGGAGAAUUCACGGACUCGCUCAACGCAAAGGUCAGAUAUUCUGUGAGUUUGACUGAGAGUGCUCUCACUAUUCAAAAGAUCUCAUCGUCACCUGGACAGGAUGAGGUGGUUUUCCAUUUAGCUGACUGUCUUGGCUGCCUGGCUUAUAAAGUGGAGGACGAAGCGGAUGUUGGGGCGUUCUUUACAGCCUAUUUCUACCCGUUCAAGAGGCGAUGGAUAAGCACAGGCAUGGCCCGGCAGAAAGUAGAGCAGUGCUUUCGGGUCGCACUGGUCCAGGACCCUCUCACUAAUCUUCAAGAGGCAGAGAGAUGGGCGCGUGCCAUCAGAGAGGCUUCUAUCCGCCAGAUACCCCGACGACAUGAUGUGAAGUAUUAUGAGCUACGGCGGCCCUGCAGGGUCAUGGUUCUGGUGAACCCCCAGAGUGGGCGGGGCCAGGCUCUCCAGCUUUUCUCCGGGCAAAUCGAGCCCAUGCUCACCGAGGCUUCAGUCCCCUACACAUUGGUCAUCACUGAGCACCAGAACCAUGCGAGGGACCUGGUGAGAGAGACUGAUCUGUCACAGUGGGACGCUCUGGUCAUCCUGUCAGGAGACGGGCUGCUGUUCGAGGUGUUGAAUGGUCUUCUGGAGAGAGAGGACUGGGAGGAGGCCAUCCAGACCCCACUGGGCAUCUUACCAGGGGGCUCGGGCAACGCCCUGGCAGCCUCUGUCCACCACUACACUAAGUCUCCCCCGGCCUGGGGUAAGGAGCUGCUGCUGAGCUGUGGCUUCCUGCUGUGUAAAGGCCUGGUGACUCAGCUGGACCUGGUCUCUGUCCACCUGGCCUCCAGCCAGCGCAUCUUCUCCUUCCUCUCCCUGGCCUGGGGCUUCGUGGCCGACGUCGACAUUGAGAGCGAGAAGUACCGCCUUGUUGGCCCCAUGCGAUUCCUGGUGGGUACGCUGAUGCGCCUGGCCUCCCUCAAGGUAUAUCAAGGUAGGCUGGCAUACCUGCCUGCUCCUCCCUUCACACCCCAGAACUCCUCCCUCUGCUCCUCUCUACCCUGUGGGCCCAACAGCUCCCCCAAUCAGAACUCUCGCCACAACCACAUCACAAACUCCAACCACAGCACAAACUCCAACCACAACACCGCCCACAACUCCUCCAACAUUGCCAUCACAACCAUGAGGACCGAGCCCCAACCAGUCAACCAGAAGGGGCCUCCCGACUCGCUCCUAGCAGACCUGGAGCAGCCGGUGCCUGAUCAUUGGACAGUAGUGAAUGAGGAAGACUUUGUACUGGUAUUGGCCAUGUUCCAGUCCCACUUGGCUGAGGACCUGUUUGCAGCCCCUGGGGCCGCAGCAGACGACGGCUUCAUCCACCUGUUGUAUGUGCGUGCAGGCAUCUCCAGGCUAGCUCUGCUCACACUCUUCAUGACCAUGGAGAAGGGGGGGCACCUGGCUAUUGGCUGCCCACACCUUGUGUAUGAGAGGGUGAAGGCCUUUCGCCUGGAGCCUCUGUCCCCCGAGGGAGCAAUCACUGUGGACGGGGAGAUGGUGGAGUACGGGCCAGUACAGGCCCAGGUUCAUGAAGGAAUCGCCAGGCUCAUCUCAGGCUGAGAAUCUACUCAGAGAGUUUGUCCUCCCCACAGCUCUGACUUCUCGCUCCCUUUCUUACUCUGUCUACUGUAUAUACAAAGUGCCAAAGACAUUAUAUCAGCCUUUGGAAAAUCCCCCCUCUUUUUUUCUACAGAUACAUUCAGUAUCUAUCUCUGUGUCCUGUUGUUUAGAGAUCCCUCCCUUUCCUCUCCAUGCUUCAUUCAGGGUCAAAGCCAUGGAUGUUCUUGCAGCUGGCUGGUCUCAGCUAAGAGUGUGUGUGUAUGAUAGUGUUUUGUGAGCGGUGUGUUUAGUAGGGAGGGGCCCAUGGCUGUGGAGUACCUUGUGUACACUUAUUAGUGUGACACAAGUGAAGAGAAGCACAUUCUUCUGUCCCGCGAGGAUGUGGCAGGCAACCAGCUCUACGCCCCGCUAUCUAGCCCCGGGGUAAUCAUUCUGUGGAGGAUGAGACACAGGCCUGACAUGAAGGCCUUCCCCCCUCAGGAUAUACUGUUCGAGUCAUGGAUGUAGGUUCUCUAUGGAGAAGCACAACAUUGGAGAAUGGCAGCAUUGUAAACCUCCACCAAUGAUAUUAGGUUACUCUUCUCCCUCUCACCAGUGAAAACCUCUCCUUUACCUCUGUGUUUAAUGGAUGGGGUGGAAGGGGUUAGGUGCUAGUGAGGUCGUGUUAAAGCAGCAUGGAGGUUCAGGAACCUGGCCAGCUGAGGUUACUUUCUUAUAUAUCUCGCCUGUCUCCUACCCUGCUGCUGCUGCAGCUCAAACCAACAUGCUUCCUGGACCACCUUCUUCCUGACACACACACACAAACACACAGGCUUGACACUCCCUUUCAGAUCUGGAGCACUCAGCAAGGAGGGGGAUGGUCUCGUCUGCUACAUAUGACCCCUUCUAGCUGUGUUAAGGUUGUACUCCCUCCUCCUACACAAGAUGUUGGAGCCAUCAGCACCUAAUGUGUCCUUAUUCUGAAGCUUUAUGGGUGAAUGAAUAAUACUAGCUGAUGGAACUACAAGCAGUUGAAGAUAAAAGGACCAUUGUUGAUCUUUAUGAACGGUUUUAUUGUAGAUAAAAUAAUAUAAAUAUUUAUGUUGUUUUCUGUCCAAACACACACUAAGAAGGGAAACAUGGUUUUGCACUACGCAGCACUGCAUGGGUCAGUGGGCUUUGCACAUUGAUUCCAUCAAUAAGAGUUGGAGCGACCAGGCCAGAGUGCUGCGCUCUCUACUGGGGCCUUUUUCUUGUCGGGGUGGAGAUGAGGAGCAUUAGUGCACAGGAGCAUUAGUGCACAGGAGCAUUAGUGCACUGGAGCAUUAGUGCACAGGAGCAUUAGUGCACUGGAGCAGAGACAAGCGCAAAUGUGAGCAUUAUCAUCAGUUCUACUCGCACCAGUUCAUGCCAGGUUGGGUUCACCCCAGAGAUAUAACAAUUACUGGUGUAACUAAUCCUAGAGCACACACUUGGUUUGGUUUGGCUCAAAAUGUCAUAUGGGUGGAAGGGUUUUAAUGUACUGUAUAAUGAAUCUAAAAGGAUGCUUAAAAUGACUCUACCUGAAGGUAUGCUGACUGCAGAUGUAACAUUAACUUCUCCCAUUCUGAUUUCGAUCUUCCAUGUCUGUGCCUGUACCUGACUUUGAUAUGCCUUUAGAUAAAUACAAGUUUAAGUUUCAUUUGUCACAUGCACAACAUGCUUAACUUGAAAGCCCUACCCAACAGUGCAGUAUUAUAUACCUCAGGUACGGUAGCUCAUGCUAGACUGUGUAUACUGAGUAUAUAUAUAUAUAUAUAUAUAAGUAUAAUAAAUAAACAAGGGGGGAAAACACAAGAAAGAAGAAAGAAGAGAGGAAGCUAUAUACAGUGUCAGAGAUACUGGAGUUUUGAGGUAGAUAGGAAAAUGUAGGCAGGGAUUAAGAGAAAGUGACUGGAAGCAGGAUAAAUCAUUUAUUAUAAUAAUAUUAAACAUACUGUAUGGUACCUUUUACCCCAUACAUACCUAUCUACCUACAUAAUCCUCAUUUGUCAGGCUCUGCUGGUGGUGUUGACAAGGUCAUAGACCAUGCAUACACAAGUUUAAGCACAUAUCCAAAUUGAGAGAUUAGCUAUGCAAAUUCUUUCAAUGUGGGCCGUUCUGGGACACCUCACUGCUCUUUAUGCAGUGUAAGGGGUCCCCCUAGUGGAUUUACCUUAACCAGUCAUUGCAGUGCAAAUGGUGGAAGUUCUGACAAAGUACUUGCACAUGUGUUUCUAUGGUACAACAGUAGUACUGUAUAAAAUCUUAUGAUAGCUCACUUUCAUUCUUUGUAUGUUUGGUUGCAUUGAUUCACUAGCAUACUGGUAUCCAGGUUAUGAAAAAAAUUACGAGCCAUUUUGAAUUCAACUACAAUCAGUUCAUAAUCAAUUCCUAAUCAUAUUUCCAUCUGAAUAUCAAAAACCUGCAUUUGAAUCACCUCAGGUACGGUAGCUCAUGCUAGACUGUGUAUACUGAGUACCAUCUCUCCUCAACCGAACAGACAAGCGGACAUCCAUUGCUGACCCUGGCUGACCCUAGUGACUGUUAUGUAAUAUGUAUAAAAAACAACCGGUCUCAACACAUCUGAGUGGAGUAAUUGCAAUUGUGUUGAACUACUGUUAUCUUCUCUGUCCUGUACCCUUGGCUGGUAGGUGGACUGUGGAGUGACUACAUCAUAGUACUGUUAUCUUCUCUGUCCUGUACCCUUGGCUGGUAGGGUGGACUGUGGAGUGACUACAUCAUAGUACUGUUAUCUUCUCUGUCCUGUACCCUUGGCUGGUAGGGUGGACUGUGGAGUGACUACAUCAUAGUACUGUUAUCUUCUCUGUCCUGUACCCUUGGCUGGUAGGGUGGACUGUGGAGUGACUACAUCAUAGUACUGUUAUCUUCUCUGUCCUGUACCCUUGGCUGGUAGGGUUGACUGUGGAGUGACUACAUCAUAGUACUGUUAUCUUCUCUGUCCUGUACCCUUGGCUGGUAGGGUGGACUGUGGAGUGACUACAUCAUAGUACUGUUAUCUUCUCUGUCCUGUACCCUUGGCUGGUAGGGUGGACUGUGGAGUGACUACAUCAUAGUACUGUUAUCUUCUCUGUCCUGUACCCUUGGCUGGUAGGGUUGACUGUGGAGUGACUACAUCAUAGUACUGUUAUCUUCUCUGUCCUGUACCCUUGGCUGGUAGGGUGGACUGUGGAGUGACUACAUCAUAGUACUGUUAUCUUCUCUGUCCUGUACCCUUGGCUGGUAGGGUGGACUGUGGAGUGACUACAUCAUAGUACUGUUAUCUUCUCUGUCCUGUACCCUUGGCUGGUAGGGUGGACUGUGGAGUGACUACAUCAUAGUACUGUUAUUAAUAUUCAAAUACUGCUGUAGUCUUCUCAUUGCAUUCAUGUCAUUUUUUAUGUCAUCAUUACCGUGUAGGAGAGAGAUCUAUAUUUUUCCAGUGUUUCAUUUAGUAAGAACCACAACUAAAAUACAUGAAUCAUGCUGUAUUGACUGUCUGAAUGGUAAUAAAAUCCCCAAAUUCUUCAAGA